UAUCGUUUCAUUGUCUCAAAAACGAGCGAAAAUCGUCAAAAUCGUCUCAUUCUGUCUAAAAUUUAACGAUCAAAAGAAGAAAAUUUUUUAUGGAGAAAGCAAAAUCUGCCCCACAAGCCGUGGAAAUCUCGUUGAAGAAGCUCGAUUUGAACUUCGAUCGAAACUCCAAAUCGUCUAAUUUGAUCCCCUCUCUUCACUCUUCCAGAUUACGCGUUGAGAAGACGAAACCUCCUAGUUUAGUGAGCUUGUGCCUUGGAGUUGUUGGUCGGCAUUUGGAGGAUAUUAUUGAGGAUUUAAGUGAAAUUGCUGUUAAUUUUCCUGCGGAUAUUAAGAUAUCGUUGGCUGCAAUUGCAAGGAGAAGAAAAUUACUGAAUGAUGAUGUCAUAAUCUCCUUAGCCGAUAGUUCUUGGGAAAUUCUUGACCUUUCUGGGUCAGAUGUUUCGGAUUUUGGCUUAGCGAAAGUAGCUGAGAUGUGCAAAUCUCUUCGUGCUGUGGAUAUAAGCCAAUGCAACAAAAUUACUGCCAACGGUGUAUCUGAACUUGUGCAGCACUGCCAUUCAUUGGAGACGUUGAGAUUAGGAGGAUCCCCUUCGAGUGAGGCUACAGCCCGAAGAUGCUUGGGCCUAUUGAAGCCAAAGCUGAAUGAUGUGGAGGGAGACUCUUGGGAGGAGCUUGAUACCAUGGAGAUUGGUCAUGGCGCACAAUCUUUGCGUUGGCUUGCGUGGCCAAAGAUUGAUGAAGACUCAUUAGAAAUGUUGUUGACUGAAUGCCCCCGGAUAAUAGUAAAUCCGAAGCCAUCACUAUUUGGUUUUAAAGGAACUGAAGUUCCCAAAGAAGCAUUGUCUGAUGUUGCUUUGGAUGAUCCCAUUGUGAAGGAAAUUGAUCCCAAAACAUGGUCUAUUUGUCAGUUUGCACCAAAGGCAACAUCUCAAGCUCUUUCAAGUCCCAGCGAGUUAUCCAUCGCAGAAAAAUUUAGACUCGCCUUCGAGGAAAGAGACACACGGUUAGCUCCAAAGCGUGCAAAGAAUGCAAGACAACAUCAGCGUCGCUUGGAGAGGGAGUGGAUGAUGACAAGUACAAGAGCCAAGGCAUUAGCUCUGGCCUCACAAGCAACCAAAUCACUACAUGGUCGAAGCUGAUGGUCAAAGAUAAUGUUAAUAACAAGCACUAGAAAUUUAGAACCUGUAAAAUACGUGAGUGAAACAGAGAAAGCAAGGGCUUGGUGAUAACUUGAUUUUGCAUUUUUGGCUAUAUCUAUCAUCAUCCUCCCCUCGAAGACAGAUGGAAACUUGGAGCGCACUUAGCCCAGUGAACGUUUUUGAUACCUUCAUACUAAAACAUCAGCUUCUAUGGACUUGUUUUCAUAAAUCAUGGGUUUGAUUGGUCAUUUUGAAUUCAAAUCGUAUGAAGUUCAAAACCAUGAGUUCGGAUUCGGAUUAAUUCAUAUUGAUUUUUAAGUUUAAUGAAAGAUGUAAU